UCCGAAUCAAACCCAACAUAUUCUUGGGAAGUGAAAGAAAGAGAGAAAGAAUCAAUCAAUCUAUCUAUCUAUCUAAUCUGUGAGUGUGAUGGAGUCCAACAACAGUGCAUCAGAGACUAUAGGAAAACCCAUCAAAUGCAAAGGUGCUGUAUGUAGAGGGCCUGGAGAGGCACUUGUGAUAGAAGAGAUCGAAGUGGAUCCUCCCAAGGCUUGGGAGGUUCGUGUUAAGAUUCUCUGCACAUCUCUCUGCCAUACUGAUUGCACUUUGUGGAAGUUAGAUCUUGGGCCAGCUUCAUUAUUUCCAAGAAUUCUGGGCCAUGAAGCAGCUGGGGUGGUUGAAAGUGUAGGUGAGAAUGUUGAUGAAGUGAAAGUUGGGGAUAUGGUAAUCCCGGUAUGCAGAAGGAACUGUGGGGAAUGCAAGGAUUGCAAACUCGGAAGAAACAGUGUUUGUACUAAAUUCCCAGUUGAGCAUUAUGGCGGAAUGCCAAGAGAUGGAACAACCCGAUUCAGGGAUAAGGAUGGAAAAGGCAUUUAUCACCAUUUAUGGGUGUCAAGUUUUUCUGAAUACACCGUUGUUGAUAUCUCUCAUAUUGUGAAGAUAACUCCCGAUUUACCGGUUGACAAGGCCUGCUUGCUUAGCUGUUGUAUUCCUACAGGUGUAGGAGCAGCGUGGAAAACUGCAAAGAUUGAGAAAGGUUCUACAGUUGCAAUUUUUGGACUCGGUGCUGUAGGACUUGCGGUUGCAGAAGGUGCAAGGCUAAGGGGAGCUUCAAAAAUAAUAGGCGUUGAUUUGAAUCCAGACAAAUUUGAACUUGGGAAGAAGUUUGGACUUACAGAUUUUAUUAAUCCAAAAGCUAUUGGGGAAAGUUCAGUACCGGAGGCCAUUAAAAAAAUGACGGAUGGAGGCGUUGAUUAUAGCUUCGAGUGCAUUGGAUUAGCAUCCUUGAUGGAAGAUGCUUUCGCAAGCUCACGUCAGGGUGGAUAUACAAUAAUACUUGGAGUAGAAAUGCACGGAAAGCCAAUAAGUGUGAAUCCUUACGAACUCUUAGCAGAAAAGACCAUUAUCGGGUGCAAUUUUGGAGGAAUCAAUGCCAAAACUGAUAUUCCCGAACUUGCUGAAAAAUAUCUGAAAAAUGAGCUGAAUUUGGAGGGUUUCAAAACACAUGAAGUCAAAUUCGAAGACAUUAUGCAAGCAUUUGAGUUGCUGGAGCAGAAGAAAUCUCUGCGUUGCAUCAUCUGGAUGGAUAAUAAUAAUGCAUAAUUUUAUUUUUAGCCACACACAAUACAUAAUUUGAAAUUCUCUCUUCAAAUCAAUUAAUGCAGAGAUUUUAUUUACAGAGAAUUAUGCCGUGUUAAUUUGUUUAUGUAACACAGUAACAAAUUCAAUCAUCAUAUCCUUAGUGAUGACUGUUUGUUUACACCACCCCCCCCCCCCCCCUAUGUUUUGGCUAAAGUUGGUACAGAAGUUUGGAAUGUUUUAAUGAUUUGAUACCA